CUGUUCCUUUCCUGACUUGCAUGAUUCCAUCAAAACUAGUUAGACAAUUUCUUUUUCCUUUCAGAUUAAUGCUGUGAUGGGUGUUUCAUGUUUUCUGCUACUUUGCAGCUUUUCUGCAUGGUGAUGAGGGUCCAUAUGGACUGCAACGGUUGCUACAGGAAAGUAAGGAGAGCCCUUCUCGAUAUGCAAGAGCUGGAGACACAUCUGAUAGAGAAGAAGCAGUGCAAGGUAAGCGUGCUUGGAAGAUUCAAUCCACAAGACGUGGCAAUAAGGUUAAGGAAGAUGACGAACCGCAGAGUCGAAAUCCUGGAAAUCCAAGAGUUGGGCAACAGCAAUGAAGAUACCAAUCAGAAGCCCGUAGUUACCACAGGAUAGUUGCAGAUGAGCUGAUCCAUCUUCUCUUGGGAGUUUGUGUUUAGGAACGUUUAUUGAUAUAAAAAGAGAUUUGGAAUUCGUUAUCCAAUUGUAAUGGCGCUUUGACAAAUUCAAUGGAAUUGCAUAUAUAUCAUACAAUAACCUGUAUUCCGUGCUGAGAGAGCCGGAGGGGAGUGAGGGGAAUUACGAGGGUUUGCCCUCUUCGUGUAUGAAUUGUAAACGUUGAUUUUAGCAUAUAUAGAUGUAGAAGAAUAAGCUCGAAUUUUUCAAACAUUAUGUGUUACCAUGACCAGAAGUUAUGGAUAAAAGGUGUUGUGAAGAAGGGCCACUGCUCUCAUUUUUUAUUCAGUCCCUUUAAAUAGUGGAGUAACUGACUCAGGACCUGCUGGGAUCGAUCAACUCACUAAUCAGAUGAGUCUGCAACGCUGCAUACCUUUCAGUGUACUCUUGUUCAUAUCUGGCCAUUUUCAGAUGAGUCUGCAACUCUGCAUGCCUUUCAUUGGUCCAUUUGGUUCGUGGGAAUAGGGGUUUGGAAUCGGAAUAAGAAUUGCCCAUGCCUUUUGGUUGGACAGAAUCAGAACCCGAUUCCCUUUCCUAGUGGAAUGCCAUUCCCCCCACUUGAGGGAAUGGCCAUUCUGAUUCCCCCUAGGAAUGAGAAUCCCAUUCUAGCAGAAGACAAGUGACUCCCCCAAAGUCUAUUCCUCUUUAACUUGAUGCCAAGCCUCCCUCCCUCCAUCUCUGUUGGUGCUUCCCCUCUUCCAACGGCUGAACCUUGCAAACUCCGGGGAGCUCUCCAGCAACUAAUCUAAGCCCAUUUCUGGCGAGGUAACAGCCUUCUCUUCUAUUUGACGAGGUUUUGUUGUCAUUUUUUUCUUUUAAAGUUUAUGAACUGUUACUUUUGGUUGAUGGGAUGUCUACCAAUGUUGAGAAUACCCAAUCUAAGCGUGGUAGAGGAAAGAACAAGCGUAAGUGGCUUGAUGACGAGGAUAAGGCAUUGAUCGAAAGCUUGCAGGAAUUAUGUACCAAUCCUCAAUGGAAAUGCGAUGGCAACUUUAAAAGUGGUUAUAUGUUGAAGUUACAGGAUAUGAUUCGUUCAAAGAUUUCAAAUUGUAGUCUACAGGCGAGUCCCCACAUUGAGUCUAGGGUUAAGUGGCUUAAGCAAAAAUACUUUGCUAUUGUUCAGAUGUUAAAAGAAAAUGGAUGUAAAUGGGAUGAUACGAAGAAGAUGAUUCGAUGUGAGAAGGAGUGGUAUGACCGUUGGUGCAAGGCUCACAAGGAUGCAAAUGGUCUAUAUGGCAUGAAAUUCAAAUGGUUUUGGGAGCUUGGUAAGAUUUAUGACAAAGAUAGGGAAAUGGGUCAAUUAGUUGAAACUUUUGAAGAUGAUGUGCAAUACAUAGAAAUGGAGGAGGCAGAAAACGAUGUUGCACAUUUUAGUAGUGAUGAGGAUAAUUUAGGUGAGGAGGGCCAAUUAGUGACACUAGUCAGCAAAUCAACCACUGCAAGCACAAGUACUAAAAAGAAGAAGAAAGAGCAACAAACACUCAAAGGAAAUGAAGCAAAGAAGCAAAGAGCAAUGCAACCAAUUAAUUUGGAGGCACAGUUUUUGACUGCCAUAGGUAAAUUUGAGUCACUUAUGCAAGAUAUUGGCAUCCAACUUAGGACUCUGGCUACUAUGAUGGCUCAUGAGGAUGAACGAAAGCAACAACUGAUUGAUAGGAGCAACAACAUUGUGGAGGAGCUAAUGAAAAUUGAAGGCUUAACUAGUAAGGAUGUGUUUAGAAUAGCUAACAUUCUAUCCACUGAGCCACCAAAGCUUAAUGUGUUUUCUCAGCUUCCACUUGCAAUGAGGAGGGAAUAUGUGCUUGAUCUUCUUUAUCCUAGUUUUGAUGGAUCUACUUCGGCCCAAUAGGUGUUAUGUGUUGUGCUUAUUUCUUAUAAUAUGUGGUUUAUUUGGCUUAGAUAGUUUGUUGGUGUUAUCUUACUAUGCCCCUAUACUUUUAUGUUAUCUUAUGUUGGACUUAGUUUAGAUAGUUUAUGGCAUUAUGUUAUCUUAUUAUGAUUAUUUGUUUUUUUUUUGU